UCCUUUAUUUUCCUUCCCCAAAUUUUUUGCAUACAUUUUUCUAUAAAUGGCCAUUGACUAAAUAAAAAGUGUGAUGAAAACUAAAAAAACUAAAAGUCCCGUCGCAGUAGUGCCCCAAAAAACAUAAAAAAUGGCGGGAGCAGAAGCAGCGUGUAUCUUUUGCCAGAUCGCCAACAAAUCCACCUCCGCCACCCUCCUCCACACCGAUGAGAAGGUGAUUGCCUUUCAAGACAUCAACCCUUCUGCUGUCAGGCAUUACUUGGUGAUUCCUUUGGAGCACAUUCCAACAGUAAAAAAUCUCGAAAGGAGAACUGAAGACUACUCCUUAGUGAGUCACAUGCUGGAAGUGGGGCAAACGCUAUUACGUCGAGAUGCACCUCAGUGCACACAGUACAGAUUUGGAUUUCACCAGCCUCCACUGAACUCUGUUAACCAUCUACACCUUCACUGUCUGGCACUACCAUACACGCCCAGAUGGAAAUGUGUAAAAUUCUUGUCUGUGGGAUCGCUUGGGUUUCUUGAGGCAGAGAAGUUGUUGGAGAAGCUAAAGCCUUUUCCACCUAUUAUUUCAAAAGUGUGAUUCUUUUAUAUUUGAUUGAAGUUAUGCAAAGUAAAGAGAUUUGGCAUUCCCUAUUAAAGCUUGGGUAUGCAUUCUGUUCUGUGUAAGUUCUUGUCAUGUUGAAGUGUUCUGUCUUGUGUUUGAUCAUGGAGGCUGUCCUGUUCUUGUCCCCUAAGAACUUGUAAUUCAAUAUGCUUCAUGUUCCAAUAGCAUAAUCAAAAGAUUCAAAACUCUAGCAUUUUUUAUAUACUAUGCCAAUUCAAAAGUUAUAUUUACUGCA